AAUACACUUUCCGUUCCCAGAGGACGUGAGGGGAAACAACUACAGUUCCCACACUGCAAUGCAAACAAAACUUAAGAGUUUCACUUCCGCUUUUACUGCUGCUAGUGUUUCCGCGUCCGGCGACAGCUACCAACUAAUAACUGCUCGGUAAAUAUAGAACGGUUUAUCUGGAUUAGGAUUUCCGAGGACGAUGAUUGAUAUCAAAGCAUGGGCAGAAUAUGUGGUGGAGUGGGCAGCCAAAGAUCCCUAUGGCUUUCUUACCACGGUUAUCCUGGCAUUGACCCCUCUGUUUAUCGCCAGCGCCCUGUUAUCAUGGAAACUCGCCAAGAUGAUCGAGGCCAAGGAGCGUGAGCAGAAAAAGAAACAAAAACGACAAGAGAACAUUGCCAAAGCCAAGAGAGCCAAGAAGGAUUGAGCUUGGGACAGAGAGGGGUCAACAUAAUAGUCCAGUCCCCUGAUGUAUGGCUCCUCUCUUAACCACGGACAGUUCUUAUGGGACCUGGAGCAAGACUGGGUCUGGAGGCCUUAGUAAACCCUUAGAGGAAACAUAAUGGGAGGGUUGAUUGCUUGAUCUCAGUAGCAGGACUGCAGUACUUUUCCAGGAUAUUAUCAAUACAGUGGAAAAUGCACUGCAUUAUUGUGCUAUCCACUACUGUGCAGUACUCUGCAUUCCAUUUUUUAUUGGGUUGAUUGUUUUUUCCAAGUUGAAUCCACAAAACACUUAAAUUGUUUUUUUUUUAAUAAUAAAGAAAAUUCUUAACAUGAA